UACUCCUACUACUGACAAGCGUUCGGCCACAACACCAUUUUGCCGUGGCCAAAUCAUCGCACGAAACCGGUGGGCGAGAGGUUGUAGCUGAAGACUGACUGAGAGAUCAAUGGGCGAAGUAUUGUUCGAGCUCGAACAAGUUCUCAGAUCCAGACAGGACAAAAUGACGCCUCAAGAGGCUAGAGUUUUUCUAACGUGCAAGUCCGAUGCUGUUAAGAAUUUUACGCUUGGCUCUCUGGUUGGUGCCGGUGUUACGUGGGCAGCAACAUGGAGACUGAGUAAGUUUUCUCGAAUCAACCUUUCGGGAGGAGCUGCUGCUUUCUUUGGGUUAUGGAGGUUUGCUAGGUCCCUUGAUUCAUGUGUUGAUCAUGUUCUUGCACUAGAUGGAAGUAGGAUGCAGAAGGAGUUAGCAAAUAUAAUAGUGACAAGGUAUCAGGAUGAUCCUCCGAAAAUGCAGCUUAUCUCUAAGCAUUUCUAUUCUGAAAAAGUUUUUGAUGAUUCAGAUCUGCCAAAAUUAAGGUGGCGAUAUCGAAAUUUCUUUAGUGAUAAUGUUGUUCAUGGUCAAAGGACACAUGAGGGUGACUCUCCCAGCAACUCUGAAAAUAAUUCCCACAGCAACUCUCAUGGUGACUCGCACAAAGAUUCCCACACUGAUGCCCACAACAAAGUUCAUGGGGACUCCCACAAUGACUCUGACAGCCAAAGAACUAAUUUUGAGUCCAAACAAAUUCAUAGGAACCCUGGCUUUGAUGUGAUGGCGGACCCUUUUGAUUUUGUUUUUGGUAAUCUGGCUACAAGGGAGGAGAUUCAUCUCCCUAAUAUCUCAAGCACGCCGCCUAGGACGCUUACUCGUGGCCAUAAAAGAUCUCACCGAAGGCGUCGAAUGCACCAUCAGAAUGCCUUGUUAAAUUCUCAACCUACAUAAGAAGACCUUGCAUGUCAACAAAACAUCUGGAAGAAUCAGAGGAGAAAGAUAGAGAAACUAUUAAUCGGGGUUAUGAAAAAGGUUCAUUUGCGUGUUUGAUUUUCGGCAAUGAGGGGAAUUCUGCAGGAAUUAUCAAACUUCAGGUAUAUUAUGACCAUUUUCUCUGCGGUAUUGUAAUAAAGUUGUUAAAUGAAUCAGAUGAUAAGUACACAAUUAGCCUGUUUGGGCACUCUCUGGUUAUAUUACUAGAAAAUGCUAUUUUACUGUUCAUUAAUAAUAAUGGAAAAGAACAGCAUAUUUGGUUAGUUUCAA